AUGUCACUCUGUAUUCGGUUUAGUGAAAUCCAUCAAGAACUAACGCAACCAGUUGAGAUACGCUCUUCGCUUCAUUGGGCAUUUAGAAUGGACUUAAAAUUUGUGGUCAACUUAGCAGAGGUCAUAACGUCUAAUGAAGUUUUCUACGUGCAAGUUUUCAUUCAUAUUACCAUUGUGAAGAUAUAA